UGGAGGGAGUCAGAGAAAAAGCUGACCUAAUGCAACUGUGGCAACGUCAGCGCUUGAGGCUUGAAGAGGGAGACAAGCUAAAAGAGGAUAUCCAGUUGUUUCAUGAUGGCAUUUGCACCUCCAAAAAACAUAGAUGGUCCCAAAAUGCAGACAAAGAUGAGCACCUGGACACCCCUAAACCAUCAGCUAUUGAAUGACCGGGUAUUUGAAGAGAGAAGAGCCCUGCUUGGCAAAUGGUUUGACAAAUGGACAGACUCUCAAAGAAGAAGAAUCCUCACAGGUCUGUUGGAGCGCUGCUCGCUGUCUCAGCAAAAGUUCUGCUGUCGAAAGCUUCAAGAGAAAAUUCCAGCAGAAGCCCUGGACUUUACGACCAAGCUUCCAAGGGUGUUGUCUUUAUACAUCUUUUCUUUCCUGGACCCCCGGAGCCUUUGUCGUUGUGCACAGGUGUGCUGGCAUUGGAAGAACCUAGCUGAGCUGGACCAGCUCUGGAUGCUGAAAUGUUUACGGUUUAACUGGUACAUCAAUUUCUCUCCAACUCCCUUUGAACAGGGGAUCUGGAAGAAGCACUAUAUUCAAAUGGUGAAGGAACUUCAUGUUACCAAGCCUAAGACACCCCCAAAGGAUGGAUUUGUAAUCCCUGAUGUUCAACUAGUUACAAGCAAUUCUCCAGAGGAAAAACAGUCCCCUUUAUCAGCUUUUCGGUCCUCUUCCUCUUUAAGAAAGAAGAAUAACUCAGGGGAGAAAGCACUUCCACCCUGGCGAUCUUCUGAUAAGCAUCCAACAGAUAUCAUUCGUUUUAAUUACCUAGACAACUGUGACCCCAUGGAGACUGUCUGGCAAGGAAGAAGAAAAAGAAACGAAAUGACCCCAGAUUUCAGCCGACAGUCACAUGAUAAGAAAAAUAAAUUGCAGGACAGAACUAGGCUAAGAAAAGCACAAUCAAUGAUGUCAAGGAGAAAUCCCUUCCCGCUAUGUCCCUAAGUUCCAGCUCUCCCCUAAAAGUUCCAGCUCAUCUCGCCUGGCCUCCCCCUGAGUCAGUGGGACUCCCAGCCACUGCCACCACAGCUGAAAUUCUCAUGCAGCACCUUCACAGGCACCCUGGGCCCCAAGCAUGACUCAUCCAGGUUCCAGAGCCAAAGUGGACUGAACAUGGAAAGACUUUUAUUAUAGAAAUGACGAGAUGCUUUGCACAGUGGAGAGCUGAAUUUACUUGGCUCCCAUUAGAAACUCUUUCAGCUUAAGUACUUAUUGUGGUAGUGAGUCCUACAGUAUUUCAGUAAAAAGGAAUUCAUGGCAUAAA